AUGUCACCAAUCCGAGGGAGCAUACCCGCGCUUUCGGUUAUCUUCGUCGUGUUGUGGUCAGGCGUGCACCAGCAUGUGCUGGCGGAGUGCCCGCCGAGAGCUACGGUGGUUGUUAACACUUCGCUCGGAAAUAUACGCGGUCUCAGAAAAAGCGUUGACGAAGGAGAGCUCUACGUGUUCACUGGAAUACCUUUCGCUGAAGCGCCGAUUGGUAACCUGAGAUAUCGGAAGCCUCAACCAGCUCGCUCGUGGCAAGGAAAUACUCUCGACGCCACAGCACUGCCACCAUCAUGCACGCAAGUUAACGUGUUCGAAGCAAGGGGGUUACCCUGGGUUCCCUACGAUCGCCCAAAAAGUGAGGACUGUUUGUAUCUCAAUAUUUGGACGCCUGCAUUGGAAAAGUCUGCUCGGCUCCCUGUAAUGGCCUGGCUUCACGGAGGAGUGCUUCAGUACGGCUCGGCUGCAAUGCAUGUUGAUGAUGGCAGCCACCUGGCGAGUCGUGGUAACGUCGUGGUCGUCACUAUUGCGUACAGGUUGCAGUCUUUCGGAUUUCUCUACGACGGCACCGAUGACGCUCCCGGAAACCAGGGCCUUCACGACCAAGUGCUCGCACUCAAAUGGAUACAGAAAAACAUCCAGUAUUUCGGUGGGGACCCGCAUGAGGUCACGUUGUUCGGCUGGAGUGCGGGCGGUACAUCCAUUGCGUUUCACAUGACUUCGCCAGAUAGCAAAGAUCUCUUUAGGAGGGCCAUCAUUCAAAGUGGGGACAUCAACGACAGCGAAGUCAAGAGCCAGUCCGUUGUAUUCAAUUCUUCUCGGGAUUUCGCUGGAACGUUUGGAUGUAACAACGACAGUUUCGUGUCCUGUAUGCGACAGCUGAACGCAACUCUUAUUUCAGUCACUGAAGCAACAUUCGUCAACGCUGGAAAAGGCACAUUCAAACCAAUUUACGGUGACACUCUCUUGCCCGUCAAUCCACUUGAAGCGAGGUAUUCUGGUGACAAGGACGUUAUCAUCGGACACGUUGCUAACGAAGGAACACGAAUUACUUACAUCAGUUUCAGAGAUACAUUCUCCCAGUUUCUACCGCCGAGGCCCAUAACAAAGCCCGAAAUGAUUCACUACCUGGGUGUCCUGUACAGUACCCUGAAACUUCCACAGAUUUUUACCCUGAUUGAAACAUAUAUGAAAAACAUUAUGCCAUUUGAUUACGCAAAGUUGCGCCACGCACUGACCGACGCAGUGGGUGACUCGAAUAUCGACUGCCCUUCCUUGGACACUGCGUUGAAGCUGGCCGACAGCGCAGCUGCGGGUAACGCCGACAAGGGCGUCUAUUUCUACGUGAUAGAUCACCCUUCUAGGUGUAGCAAAAUCCAGCCGUGGUUUGGAACGACGCACGGUGAUGACAUAGCCCUCGUUUUUGGCAGGCCGCUGGAUGCUAAUGGUUGCACUGGCGAUAUCUCCUUCAGCAAGAGCCUGAUCAAAAUAUGGACCGACUUUGCAAAAGGAAGGUAA